GAAAUACGAGAUUAUUAGUAAUUAAUUAGUAUUAGCCGAGUUUUUGGGUGGCCAAAAUACAAAUGUUUGCUCAACUCUGGUUCAUCCACUUCAUCUUCUUCUCUCAUCUCCUUCUCCCACUCGCAGCAUUCUCCAAUUCAGUAGCCAAAUCCGGAUGCCCGGAUUCGUGCGGGGAUAUACCGAUUCCGUUCCCAUUCGGAAUCGGGUCGGAUUGCUCCCUCGACCCGUCUUUCAACAUCUUGUGCAAUACUUCUGCGGAUUCUACGAAACCCUACAUUAAAACUCCUUCUUCUAACGUGAAUCUCGAACUCGUCGAAAUUAAGGAAUUUGAGAUCCGGGUCCGGUCGCCGAACGUGCUGAACAUCGCUUGCUACGAUAGCGUAGGCAAGCUGGUUUCGAGCUCGGAAGAUUACUGGUUUGGAAUUCAUUUGGAGGGGAGUUGGUAUACGUUUUCGGAAGAGAACUGGCUCACCGCCAUCGGCUGCGAUGAUAUGGUGCUGGGGAUGGGUGGCAACAGGACAUUCGGCGGCGGCUGCGCUUCCUACUGUGUGAACCGUCGUGAUUACGGCGGUCUCGGCUUUUGCCCUAAUGAUGCUAAUGGUUACUCGCCCGGCAAUGGCUGUUGUCGGACCCCUAUUCCCAGAGGGCUGAGCUACCUUGGAGCAAAGUUCAUCGACUUACGUCAAGAAUGGCGGCGUGAUACGAAGCUUUUCCCAUGCAGCUACGCGUUUGUGGAGGAGAAGGUCAUCAGCGAUAACUCCAACUUUUCAUAUCAAUUAUCCUACCUUAAUAGUAGCAGAGAGUAUCUAAACUUUGAAUGGGGCCCCACAAAUACGCCGCCACCGGUGAUUCGGCUGGAUUGGAGGAUUGGGGCGGAGAAUUGCAGCCAAGCACAACGGAACUCUACUUAUGCGUGUCAAAACAAUACUGAAUGUGUGGAUGCUACCAUUCAAGGAUACCACUGCCUUUGCCGCCAAGGAUUUCAAGGAAAUCCUUACCUAUAUCCAGGAUGCAAAGAUAUUGAUGAAUGUGCUAAUAACUCUAUGAAAUGUCAAGCAAAUUCUGUUUGCAUCAAUACACCCGGCUCUUUUGACUGCUCCUGUAAAGAAGGGUAUUAUGGCGACGGAAGGUUAGACAGUGUUGGUUGCAUAAAGCUACAAACAUCCAAAAAUAUCGGACUCCGAGUAGGUCUAAGCUCUGGAAUUGGAUUUCUACUGCUUAUGUUUAUCUGGUCUUGGUUGUACAAGGUAUUCCUAAAGAGAAAAGAGAAAAUGCGCAAAGAAAAGUUGUUUAAGCAAAACGGUGGCCUUCUUUUGGAACAAAAAACAAACGAAGGCACAAUUCGAAAAACCAAGCAUUUUCGUGCAACGGAGUUGGAGAAAGCCACUGAUCACUUCAACGAAAGUCGGAUUCUUGGACAAGGAGGGCAAGGUACAGUGUACAAAGGAAUGUUGUCCGAUGGUAAAAUUGUUGCAAUAAAAAGAUCAAAGCCGGUAACUGAGGAUGAGUUGGAGCAGUUCAUAAAUGAGAUUGUGAUACUAUCACAAGUUGAUCAUCGAAAUGUGGUUAAAUUGUUGGGAUGUUGCUUGGAAGAUGAGGUUCCUCUACUAGUCUACGAAUUCGCACCUAAUGGCACUCUCAAUAAUCUCAUUCAUGAUCAUGAGAAUCUAUUUCCGAUUUCAUGGAGCAUGCGUUUGAAAAUUGCAGCAGAUAUAGCCGGGGCAUUGGCCUACCUACACAAUUCAUCUUCCAUUCCUAUCUAUCAUAGAGAUAUUAAGUCUAGCAAUAUCCUCCUAGGCGAAAAAUAUGUUGUCAAGGUGUCCGAUUUUGGAACUUCUAAGUCGGUUGAAGAAGACAAAACUCACCUAACCACAUUGGUUAAAGGGACAAUUGGGUAUAUAGAUCCAGAGUAUUUCCAAACUGGCCAGUUUACUGACAAGAGCGACGUUUAUAGUUUUGGAGUAGUUCUUGUCGAACUUUUGACAGGACAAAGGCCGGCAUUCCAAGGCGAGAAAAGCCUAGCAAUGCGGUUUCUUGCAUCAAUGGAAGAAAGAAAUCUGGGCGCCAUCUUGGAUCCUUUAGUCCUGGAGCAAGGCCUUAAGGAAGAGAUCAUCGCGGUUGCAAGGCUUGCUCAAAGAUGCUUGAAUUUGGAGGGGAGAAUGAGGCCAACCAUGAAAGAUGUGGCUAUAACAUUAGACAGUUAUAGCAAUAUUGCACAGAUGUCUUCAUCUGGUGGUGAAGAUGAAUCUGAAGAAGCAAGUGGAUGUGAAAUAAAGGCUAUAAUCACUUCAGACGCUGAAUACGUAUGGACAUUUAGUGGAAGAAGUGAAAUAUCAUCUUCAUCGGAUAGUCAUCCAUUAAUGAUUGUAACAGUGUGACUUUUUUUUUCAUGUCUAUUUAUGACUCUUCGCAGCAGUAGGUGUAACGUAUUAAUGUUGCUUCAUUUAUCCUCUUAUGUUGUUUUGUAACCUUAGUUGUUUCUUUGAAAGAUCUGGAGAUGUAUCCGAAGCAUCACUGACUUGCUGUUGAAGAAAAAUGCAGCGGCAAAAUCCUUCUAUGCACUCUUCAAUUUUGCA